UAUUCGUUAAUUGGACUGAGGAAAAUCUAGAACUUAAAGUGAAAAUUUCUCUUCAAAUAGAAUCUGCACUGAAAACCCAAAAUGGAAACUGAGUAAUAGCAGAGCUGCUUUGGGAGUUACCUGUGGUCAACCAAGGUCUGGAAGCAGAUGGUCCUCCUUCUGACCUAUCACCAAGUCAGUAGCACUCUGACACUGCAUCACUGUGCCUGCAUUGCUCACCUCACUUCAUCUUGUGAAGUAGACACUUUCUCAUCUGACAUCAUCAUGAGAAGACAAAGGCUUCCGUAGCUGACUUCAAUGAUCUUGUAACAGGCAUGAAAAAGGCAAAAUGCUGUACUGCCAUUUGAACGAAGCCAUCACCAAGGCCUCAUGGAAAAUGCAAACUGCACUCCGUGCUCAACCGGCCUGUGACCACGCGCCUCCAUCUCUGGCACUGGACCCGGUCUGGAGUCUCCAAACCCAGCAGAUCCCUGCGGUGCACUCCCGCGCGGCUCCUCCCGGGGGAGGAAGGUUGUUGAAGAUGGUGAUGAAAUUCACAAAUGGUUUUUCCGCCUUGAUUAAGUAGGGGAGAUAUGCCGGAGGCCAACUUCCUGCCAAUCACUCCCACUACACCCAGCUGAAAGCAACCUCCUCUCAAGACAGUCUUGCCAGCCUGAAAAUCACCACCAGCGCUAAGUUCAGUUGUUUGGAUUCAUGACAAAAUACUGAUUGAGAGGGGUCGAAUGCCUACUUACUUAGAAGGAAAGCCAGGCAUAAGCCAAGGUGAACCGGACAAAAUAAAGUGAAGUAGACAGUGAGGCCAUAAUUCACCUUAAAAACAGGUUAAAGGAAGCGAAGCUAAAGGCGGAGAAUGACUGUGUUGUUCCCUGAAGACACUUAACACCAGGACAAGGAGGAGGACACAGGAACAAGAGGCCAUGAAAAUGUCAAAAUAUCAGAUUCAUCAUAUGAGAUGGAAUUAGAAUUGUGAAAAUUAAGCCACAUCAGGCUUUCAAGAACGAAGUCCAAAAAAAGAUGAAAAAUCUAAGUCGUGAUAUUCAUAAAAAUACAUAUAUAAUACAUAUGUAAUAUAUAUUCAUAUAUAUUUAUAUAUGAAUUUGCCAAUCACAUUGUGCCACACAGUCAUCACAGUCAUUUUUCAGGGGACCUCAGCCCCACACCUGCCAUUAUGUUUUUGAGGUUGAGGGUUUAAUAUGUGGUAUUCUAUUCCCAGUAUCUAAUUCCCAUGCCACAUUCACUCUCCCUCCCUCCCUCCGUCCAGCCCUGCCUGCCUGCCUUCCUUCCCUCCUUCCUUCCUUCUUCCUUCCUUCCUUCCUUCCUUCCUUCCCUCUAUCUCUUUACUUUUGCCUAAGUUUUCUAUCUGAAUUUGGCAUUUCCUUUCACCCAUUUAGUUGCAAUGGCACUGGAUCAGACAUUAAGGUGACCAAGGGAAUGAAGAGGGGCAGUAUUAUAUAUAUCGGGAUAAGCUGCGUUGUUUAUAAUUUUGGAAGGAUUUCUUCUCUGAACACACAUUCUGAACAUUCCUGAGGGAGCGCUUGUCUGUCUCAUUAACAAUCAUUGACUCGAGGACCUGCGCGCUGCCUCGCCUGCCGUGUCCCUCGCCGCCGCCAUGCUCUCCAUCUGCGUCCCUCUCGCCACCAUCGUGGACCCCCCAUCGCCCCUCAAGGGGCUCAGCCUGGCAGACGACGAGAACAGGCCCCCGAGUCCCAGCGGGACCUGCGUGCUGGCCGGCAAGACGGCCAGGAGGACCUUCCAGGAGCCCGCCGAGCCGAAGGCUAAGGUGCUUGGCCCCCGCGUGGAGGACGAGCCACUACUGAGAGAAAACCCUCGUCGCUUUGUCAUCUUCCCUGUCGAGUACCUUGAUAUUUGGCAGAUGGAUGAGAAAGCUGAGGCUUGCUUUUGGACAGCUGAAGAGGUGGCUCUUUCCAAGGACAUUCAGCACCAGGAAUCCCUGAAGCCUGAGGAGAGAUACUUUCUAUCCCACGUUCUGGCUUUCUUUGCGCGGAGUGAUGGCAUAGUAAAUGAAAACUUGGUGGAGCGGUUUAGCCAAGAAGUUCAGAUUACAGAAGCCCACUGUUUCUAUGGCUUCCGAAUUGCCAUGGAAAACAUCCAUUCUGAGAUGCACAGUCUCCUCAUUGACACUUAUGUUAAAGAUUCCGAAGAAAGGGAAUUUCUCUUCAACGCCCUCGAGACAAUGCCUUGUGUAAAGAAGAAGGCAGACUGGGCCUUGCAUUGGACUGGGGACAAAGAGGCUACCUACGGGGAACGGGUUGUGGACUUAGCUGCUGUGGAAGGAAUCUUCUUUUCUGGUUCUUUUGCAACGAUAUUCUGGCUCAAGAAACGCGACCUGAUGCCUGGCCCCACGUUUUCCAAUGAACUUAUUAGCAGAGAUGAGGGUUUACACUGUGACUUUGCCUGCCUGAUGCAUACGGAGAGUGAACAAAAUUCAUAUGUGAUAAUAAAAUAAUUUUAUUUGGAUAGAAAAAAUAAUUUGCUUUUUGUCUAUGUAUAUCUCUAAUUUGUUGUAUGUAUUCUUAAUGAUAAAAAAAACUGCUUCACUAAUUUUAAAUUUGCUUCACAAAUAUUAAAAAUUGACAUGCCAAGUAAAAGCAAAUAUAUAAAAAGAAAGCAUAUAUAAACUAUGGUCAGACUCUCUGUAUGCAAAUGCAUUUGAUGAAUUGUAGUCACUGAGCACAUGGCUUGUCUGCUUUUGAAAUCCUAUUACAAACAUUUCUCCUUCUCUUGAGAGACUCCAUAAUUAUGAAUUCCAAUCCUAUUCUGUGUUCCUAUUCCAUAAUUUGCUAGGCUAUUCCUUCUUUUAAAACAUUUGUGUUGUUUUCUAUCCAUCUGCUACCUACUAUCUAUAUAUACCUUUAUAUUUUUAUGCUAAAGAUUAUAUUACUAUAUGAUCCUGUGCAUGUAUCUGUGAAUGUGUGUGUGUGAGUAUGUGUGCUUUCUGUUCCGUUAUUUCAUUAUGAUGAAUUCUUAGUUGUAGAAUAAUAGAACCAAAAGUUAUAAAUUCCUGUAUAGUUUUGCCUUUUUUCCUAGAAAAGAUUGUGUUUUUAAAACUCCCAUGAUUCUGGAGGUAUUGGCAGUAUAUAUAAAAAAAUAGUAUUGCUUUGCAAAUGUAAUGUGAGAGUCUGGUCCAGUGUCUGUAUAUGUGAAGGCCACCCAAAUAUUUUUCUUUGCAUCAGAACAUUAAUCUUCCAAUUUUUAUUUUCAUUAAUCAAUCAUUAUUUAAUUUCAUGGUUAUAAAAAUGAAUAAAUUAAGUUUUAGAAGAUUUUGAAGAAGUUUUUCAAAUUCUCAUUUCUACUUGUUUUAUGUCAAGAGAUUCACAAGCUUAGGAAGAAAAACAAUUUGCUUUUUACAAGGUGUGCUUUUAACACAGUAUGUUAUUCUGAAUAUUAUUUAUCAUAUCUUAAUAAUUUUGCUGUAAAUAAUCUUUUAGAAAGACAUUUUUAUAGAAGGCUGGCUAACUAAACACAUACUAAACAUAUACACAUCAGAUAAAUUGAGGGCUUCUUCUGCCAGGCCAUAAUGUCUUUGUUGUUACUGUUCUUUAUCUAUAUUGUAGUGAUUAAAGAGUAUCUAAAAUUAUAUUUUACCUUUUGUUGAGACUUUGAAGAUUAUAAAAAUGAACCUAACCACAACAUGUAAUUAAAUUGGGGCCUUAUUAGUAGUUUCUUAAACUUUAUAUACAAAUAGGUUUCAUCUUCUGUACCAAGUUAGCUCACCUAGUGGUGGGUGUCUGGAAUGUGUUUUGAGGACAGAGAAGACCCAUCUUUUUCAGCAGGAGAGUACUUGGAUGCUGACACUCAGUGCUCUGUCUCAUGUAUCAUAGU